GUCCUCAUCAGAAAUUUCGAAUAAGCGACGAGUUGUGAUCGUACGGGAGAAAUCAAACAAGUUUGUUUUUCGUCAUCCGAAGUUGGCUUAAAUAUUAUGUCGUUCGAAGAGAAUUUAAUAUUGGAGGUCCAGGCAAGGCCACUAUUGUGGAAUAAACAAAAUGAACACUAUAAAAAUCGGAAUAAGGCUCACGAGGAGUGGGAGAAGAUAACAAGAUCGUUGGGAAAACCCAGAGAAGUGGUGAAGACCAAAUGGAGAAAUUUGAGGGAUACUUUCCAAAAGGAACUGAAAAAAAUUACUGUUCACCGUUCGGGUGAUCCGGGUAGUCCAACUCUCACUAAUUACACCGGGAAGUGGGUGUAUUUCAACGAUUUAUGGUUCCUAAAAGACGUCAUGAAACCUCGUGAAACUGAAGGCAACUGCCCUGAAGAGUCCCAAGAAAGUGAGGCGAACUCUGCAGAACAAGAUAUUCUACCAGAGGGGACGAGAAACGCACAAACGCCCUCCUCGCAAGAGCAUGGUACCCCAUUUUGCGAGUCAGCACCACAGUUUACAGAGACAAACGGUUACAUAACGCAGCCUACGGAUACAGUAGAAAUUCGCCAACUAUUUGAACAAUCCAGUGGCACAUCUUCAUCCCAGACUUUACUGGCAUCACCACCAUCACAGUCAAGAGUUACAAAUGUUGAUACUAUUCUCCGACGUAAUGAAAAACAACCAAAUAAGAAAAGGAAACCAUCGCCAUCGGCGGCCGUCAUUACGGGCUUCCAGAGGCAAAUUUUGGAGGUCGAAGAAAAGAAAAUCGCAGCUUUCAAAGAGAGAAGUAGAAUGGUUGAUGAUGAGGAUAUGCUAUUUGCUAAGUCCUUGGUUCCUUAUCUGAAAACUCUUCACCCUAUUCAAAAGCUGAGAUUGAAAAGUAAAAUUCAAAACCUGAUUGCUGAUGAAAUGGCAGCAUCGCCUGUUUCUGAUCAUAACAUCGUUCUUUCCUCACACCGCUUUUCAGAAUUCCAAGUUUCAUCCGACUGUAUUCAGCCUCGGGAUAACCUCGACAAUAUCUCACGAGAUGCCUCAAUACCCAUUAAAAAUGCCUCUAUCGCUAUAGUCGAUGAUCAAACAUUGUAUUCUAUUUAA